UCCUACCUCCAUUAUUAUUGUCUUUCGAUUUGAUUUAAUUAAUUCAUCCAGAAAAUGAACCCCACCCACAUUCAAAACAAUCUUACAAAUAAACACAUGAAUCGCAUGUCGUAAAUGGGAAAUUACACUGUUACAACAGAAAAUGGGAAAGAACCUGACUUCUCCUUAUAAAUAUAUAUAUAAGCGGCGGCAUAGGGGAUGAGCUACAAAGUAAGCGCUCUCUCUCUCUCUCUUGAAAACAUGCAAGCGCAGGGCACCCAUGGGAAGUUUCAAGCUGAGGUCGAAUGGUCCACCGGUUUCUGCGACUGCUUCUCCGAUUGCUCCAACUGUUGCAUCACUUGCUGGUGUCCUUGCAUUACAUUCGGCCAAGUUGCUGAGAUUUUGGAUCGAGGAUCCACAUCAUGUGGAACGAGCGGAGCUCUGUACGCACUGAUAGAGGUGUUCACAGGAUGCGGAUGCCUCUACUCAUGCGUGUAUAGGACGAAGAUGAGGAGACAAUACAACAUCAAAGGCGAUGACUGCGGAGAUUGCUUCAAACAUUUCUGCUGCGAACUCUGCGCCCUCACCCAACUGUAUCGCGAACUCAAGACCCGCGGCUUCGAUGUUCCUCUCGGAUGGCAGGGGAACGUAGAGCGGCAGAAUCCGGGCAUUGCGAUGGGGGCACCUGUCAUUGACGCCGGCAUGACUCGUUAAUUAAACUCAAAAGGGCAUUGUGUAUGUGUUAAAAUCAAAAGGGGAUAUGCUCCCCCCGUGUUUAAAUCACAACGAUAAUCAUUCCAUUGUAACUUUCCUUUUAUGUAUUCUCCUCAUUAUCCGCAAUUAAAUAAAGAUAUAUUACACUC